AUGUCUGCAAUAUUUAAUGCCAUUGUCGUUGGUGCUCCUGCAUGUGGCAAGACGACCAUAGCAAAAUUUAUAGCAAAUAAAUUUGAUUUUCUGUACUUGUGUCCAAGAGAAGUUGUCGCUUACCACAUAAGCAUGCGCACAAUUUUCGGUACAAAAACCAAAAAGUACAUGUACGAGGGUCGUACGGUACCUGAUGAUUUGAUUUUUGACACGAUGUUGGAUUGUAUAGAAAAGUUUGAAGGAAAAUCCUGGGUCUUGGACAGUUAUCCACGUACCAUUAAACAAGCGAAGAAAUUACAAGACAUGGCAUGUGUAGAUGCAGCCAUAAAUUUGAUAUUACCUCCAGAAAAAAUUGUAGAGCGGUCGAAAAAACGCUGGGUACAACUGCCAUCAGGCCGCGCAUAUAGUAUGGAUUACAAUUUACCUAGAGAACGUGGAGUGGAUAAUAUAACUGGACUAAAAAUAGUACAAUUACCAAAAGAUCGCCCUGAAGUUGUAAAAAAACGUUUGGAGUCCUAUGAGAUACGUUCCAAGCCAGUAAUGAAAUACUUGGAAAAUCAUUUUUCGCUUACAAGUUUUAAUGUAGCAGAUAUGAAUGUUAAAGCAAAAAUAGAAGAUUUUAUAAUUGCAAAAUUUUGUAAAAAGAUUUGUGGUGAAAGAUUAGGCGAUAACGUAACUGAUCAACAUGAUGAACAAGCUGAAUGCUCUUGA